AUGCCGUCUUCCCUCAAAAUAUUCUCUUUUUCGGUUCCGUUUCUCUCUAUACCGUCUUACCUCCGAAUAUACUCUUUUUCUGUUCCAUUUCUAUCUGUAGCGUCUUCCCUCAAAAUAUACUCUUUUUCUGUUACAUUUCUCUGUAUACCGUCUUACCUCCGAAUAUACUCUUUUUCUAUUCCAUUUCUCUCUAUACCGUCUUCCCUCAGAAUAUUCUCUUUUUCUCUUCCAUUUCUCUCUAUACCGUCUUCACUCAGAAUAUUCUCUUUUUCUGUUCCAUUUCUCUCUAUGCCGCCUUCCCUCAAAAUAUUCUCUUUUCUGUUCCAUUUCUCUCCAUACCGUUUCCCCUCAGAAUAUUCUCUUUUUCUGUUCCAUUUCUCUCUAUACCGUCUUCCCUCAAAAUAUUCUCUUUUCUGUUCCAUUUCUCUCCAUACCGUUUCCCCUCAAAAUAUUCUCUUUUUCUGUUCCAUUUCUCUCUAUAACGUCUUACCUACGAAUAUAAUCUUUUUCUGUUCCAUUUCUCUCUAUGCCGUCUACCCUCAAAAUAUUCUCUAUACCGUCUUACCUCCGAAUAUACUCUUUUUCUGUUCCAUUUCUAUCUGUAGCGUCUUCCCUCAAAAUAUACUCUUUUUCUGUUCCAUUUCUCUCUACACCGUCUACCCUCAAAAUAUUCACUUUUUCUGUUCAAUUUCUUUCUAUGCCGCCUUCCCUGAAAAUAUUCUCUUUUUCUGUUCCAUUUCUCUCCAUACCGUUUCCCCUCAAAAUAUUCUCUUUUUCUGUUCCAUUUCUCUCCAUACCGUUUCCCCUCAAAAUAUUCUCUUUUUCUGUUCCAUUUCUCUCUAUACCGUCUUCACUCAAAAUAUUCUCUUUUUCUGUUCCAUUUCUCUCUAUACCGAAUAUAGUGUUUUUCUGUUCCAUUUCUUUCUAUACCGUCUUCACUCAAAAUAUUCUCUUUUCUGUUCCAUUACUCUCUAUACCGACUUCCCUCAAAAUAUUCUCUUUUCUUCUUUUUCUGUUCCAUUUCUCUCUAUACCGUCUUCACUCAAAAUAUACUCUUUUUCUGUUCCAUUUCUCUCUAUACUGUCUUCCCUCAAAAUAUUCUCCUUUUCUGUUCCAUUUCUCUUUAUACCGUCUUACCUCCAAAUAUACUUUUUUUUUCUGUUCCAUCUCACUCUAUACCGUCUUCACUCAAAUCUUUCUCAUUUUCUGUUUCAUUUCUCUCUAUACCGUCUUCCCUCAAAAUAUUUUCUUUUACUCUUCCAUUUUUUUCUAUACCGUCUUCACUUAAAAUAUCCUCGUUUUCUGUUCCAUUUCUCUCUAUACCUUCUUUCCACAAAAUAUUCUCUUUUUCUCUUCCAUUUCCCUCUAUGCCGUCUUCCCUCAGAGAAUUCUCUUUUUCUAUUCCAUUUCUUUCUAUACCGUCUUCCCUCAAAAUAUUUUCUUUUUCUAUUCCAUUUUUUCUAUACCGUCUUCCCUCAGAAUAUUCUCUUUUUCUCUUCCAUUUCUCACUAUACCGUCUUUCCUCAAAAUAUUCUCUUUUUCUUUUCCAUUUCUCUCUAUAGCCUCUUCCCUCAAAAUAUUCUCUUUUUCUGUACAAUUUCUUCAAUACCGUCUUCCCUCAAAAUAUUCUCUUUUCUGUUCCAUUUCUCUCUAUACCGUCUUACCUUCGAAUAUACACUUUUUCUGUUCCAUUUCUCUCUAUACCGUCUUACCUCCGAAUAUUCUCUUAUUCUGUUCCGUUUCUCUCUAUACCGUUUUCAAUCAAAAUAUUCUCUUUUCUGUUCCAUUUCUCUCUAUACCGUCUUCCCUCAAAAUAUUCUCCUUUUCUGUUCCAUUUCUCUUCAUGCCUCUUCCCUCAAAAUAUACACUUUUUCUUUUCCAUUUCUCUCUAUACCGUCUUACCUCCGAAUAUACACUUUUUCUAUUCCAUUUCUCUCUAUACCGUCUUCCCGCAAAAUAUUCUCUUUUUCUAUUCCAUUUCUCUUUACACCGUCUUCACUCAAAAUUUUCUCAUUUUCUGUUUCAUUUCUCUCUAUACCGUCUUCCCUCAAAAUAUUCACUUUUUUCUGUUCCAUAUCUCUCUAUGCCGUCUUCCCUCAGGAUAUUCUCUUUUUCUGUUCCAUUUCUCUCUAUACCGUUUUCCCUCAAAUUAUUUUCUUUUUCUCUUCCAUUUCUCUCUAUACCGUCUUCACACAAAAUAUUCUCUUUUUCUGUUCCAUUUCUCUCUAUACCGUCUUCACUCAAAAUAUUAUCUCUUUCUCUUCCAUUUCUCUCUAUAACGUCUUCCCUCAAAAUAUUCUCUUUUUCUGUUCCAUUUCUCUCUAUAACGUCUUCCCUCAAAAUAUUCUCUUUUUCUCUUCCAUUUCUCUCUAUACGGUCUUCAGUAUUGUCUUUUCGGUUUCUUUUGCUGCUAAUCUAGAAGAGAUACGAUUGGCCAGUCUUUACUUUUUCCUUUUUCUUUGCCUGUUUGUCAUUCUAGUUGUCACACUCUUUCUCUCACUCUCCCUCCUCUCUUUCUCUCUCACUUUCCCUCCUCUCUCUUACUCGUUCUUCCUCCCUCUAUCUCCCUCUUCCUCUCUCUCAUUCUCCCGCCCUCUCUCCCCUUCUCUCUCACUUUCUCUCUCUCGCUCAUUCUCUCUCCCACUCUCUCUCUUUCUCUCUCUCGCUCUUUCCCUCUCUCGCUCGUUAUCUCUAUUCUCUCUGUCUUUCCCUCUCAUUCUUUCUCUCUCUCGAUACUUCUCCCUCCCUCUCUCUCCCUCUUCCUCUCUCUCCCUCUUUCUCUCUCUCUUUCUCUCCCCUCUUUCGCUAUCUCGCUCAUUCUCUCUCCCCCUCUCUCUCUCUCACUCUUUCUCUCUCUCGCUCUCCAAGCUUAUAUUUUCUUACCCUCUCCCUCUUUCUUUCUCAAUGAAUUCCCUUUCUGUCAAUCUUCCGUGUUUUUUUUUCAUUCACUUUUUCCCUCUUUCAUUUUCAUUCUCUCUCUCUCUCUCUCUCUCUCUCUCUCUCUCUCUCUCUCUCUUUCUCUCUUUCUCUCUCUCUCUCUCUCUCUCUCUCUCACUGUCUUUCUUUCACUUUCACUUUCUGUUUCUCUCAAUGGAUUUCCGUUAUGCAACUCUUUCUUGUUUGUUAUCUUUAACUUCAUUUCCCUCUCUCUCUCUCUCUCUCUCUCUCUCUCUCUCUCUCUCUCUUCACUAUCUCUCUUUCACUCUCUCACUUUCUCUCCCACUCUCUCACAAUAGAUUUCAUUUCUGUAAUUCUUUUUUCUCAACUUUAACCUCCUUCCUCUCACUUUCUUUCUUUCUUUCUUUCUUUCUUUCUUUCUUUCUUUCUUUCACUUUCCUUUUCUUACAUUUAUUCUUUCUUUUUCUCUUUCCUUCUCUAUUUUUUCUUUCUCUCACUCUUUCUGUCAUCAAGACAGGUGAUGUAAGCACAACGAUUCCCGUAAUGGAUUUCUACUGA